AUGCCCACGACAUAUUUGAGUUCUGAAAACCGACGGCAAUAUUAUUAUCGUCACCGUACACAUCAACUGCCACAGAAGAACUCGGACAAUGAGAUCCGAAGCUUUCAGUUUUCCUCAUCCUCUGGACCUUUGCCAGGAAAUCCAGAUUUUUCAUUGAAGGAAGACUGGAUCAUCGUGGGAUCUCGGGGCUACGGAGAUCCAAGAAUUGUUGAGCAGGACUCUAAGACGGUCGAAUCUCAUCCUCACCUGCGGUCACUAUACAGUCCCGGCACAGAGACGCCGUCCUUACAUGUCAUAGGAAGGUUUGACGCUCGGAUCCUGCCAGCUCAGACCUUUGAGCUUACAUCGUCGUGUAUCGGAUCCAUACGAUUCCACAUCUUCGGCUCACACUACAUUCCACACACAAAGACGUUGACUGGAACCGUCAAGGCAUUCGUGAGGGCCCACCUUUUUGGCAACGGCACAGAAUCUGAGGAAGACUGGGAGGAAUUGGAUGAUCCCCCUGAGAUUUACAGGAUAGUUCUCGUAGAAUAG